AUGGCAGCCAUCGGAGAGACUCUUGAGUUGAGUCAACUCUCUCCACUUGAGUGGAUAAUGCCACGAUCAUACGUCAGCCAAAUCCUUUGCUUCCCAUCGUCAAACCCUCAAAUAUCCGAUAUCCUUCAAAUUGGCCUUGCAGGAACGUUAAAAGACGUGCCAUAUCUCGCCUCAAGGAUAGUGGCCAGGGACCAUCCCAAAGGUUCCGUUGCCUUGAGUCCGCCAUGCGACUCGUUGAGCGAUUUGUUUCGCGUCACCAACCUCCUCACGGCGGUUGAUUACAACACUUUAAAGUCCGGCGGGUUCAAACCCGCGCUUUUCGACGGACUCGAUCUGUUUUCGCCUGAUCUCAGUCCCUCAAACAAGUCGCCCAGCCCGGUCUUUCGCGCAGUUUUGUCGCUGGUCAAAGGAGGCUGUCUGCUCUGCGUCAGUCUCCACCACUCAACGGCCGACAUCACUGCGUUCGGCUCCCUGCUCAAGACCUGGGCGUCACAUUGCAGAACGGGCUCUUCCGAAGUUAUCGGGUUUGAUCAAAGCUGGCUCGAUCGCUCGGCAAUCGUCAGACAAUCUCACAAUGUUCCCGCUGAUACGCCAGUUCUGCUCCACAAAGAAGAGAGCAGCAACACGGCGAGCCAGACAUCAAAGCCUCCGGAGAUGGAAACUCAAUUCUCCAGGUACUCUGCAGAAUAUCUGAAAGGCCUCAAAGUCGAAGUUAACAAGCAUCUGCCCGAGGGGACCUCUUGGGUAUCGACGAGCGACAUAUUGACUGCAAUUCUCUGGGGAACAAUCGUCUCUUCUGAGGAUGCAGCUGAUGGCCAUGAUAUGGACGAGACAUGCUCUAUGCGGAUUGCCGUCAAUUACCGCAGUCGGUUCAAUCCGCCAUUGCCUAAGAAUUACCUCGGUGCAGCCUUUGGGGUGUCGCUAGUGAAUGCAAAGAAAGCCGACCUCAUUGCCAUAGGAACCUCCACCGAUCAGACCCUUUCCGUCCCAGCCAUCGCAAACGUCGCGGCAGCUGUACGCCAAAGCGUUAAUAUCAUAGAUGGAGACAAAAUGAGCGCCAUCGUCAAGCAUCUGGCAAAGCAGGAAGAUGUCACAAGUCUCAAGCUCUGCCAGCAGCCGGCAAGCGUUUCCGUAGUCUCGUGGGCCGACGAGGGAGUCUAUGAGCUCGAUUGGGGCGCUGAACUCGGACACUGCGAGAUUGUUAGACUGCCGACGUGGAAGACGAAGCGGUAUCCCGUGGUGUUUCCUCGACUUGCAAAUGGCGAUCUGGAGGUUCUUGUUAGUUUUGAUACAGAGACAAUGAAGAAAUGGAAGGUAGCUCAUGAUAUGAGUCCGUGGAAGGCAUAG